GAGAGCUGCAGAAUCCUUUUCUGCAGGGUUCCCCAACUGGGGGCCCGAGGGCCGAAUUUGGCCCGCAGGUGGUUUUAUUUGGUCCCCAAAGUUUUCUGAGCAAAGAGACAGCAGGGGUUCAAACUGUUUAACCCAGUUCCUAUAUUUGAAUAUAAAAAUGGAAAAGCCAUGCUACAUUCUAUCUCUGGGACCCUCAGGAUGACAAAUCAUAUAAAGAUUACUGAAUAGCCCUCACCAGCCCAAGCAGUACAGCUCUGGGGUCCGUACCCCCUGCCCCCUGCAUCUCAUGUUUCCUGGUCUUCCACAUUGGAGUUGUUAUCUGCCUCAACAGGUUUACUCAGCGGUACCUGUUGGAUCAAGAUGAGACACGUAUCUCUACCAGUAAACCUGUGAAUAAUCCUCCACUUUAUAUCAGCAAGACACUUCUCUAUGGGAGGCUUAUGCAGGGAGGGCCAACAUCCUCUCAGAAAAGAACCUGGUCCCAAACCCCCUGGCAACCCCGUUGCCGUGAGCCCAUGCAGAUGGUAUUUCUUCACAAUCUUCACAGACUCUGCAUACAUACCACCUGGACUUCCGGCGCCGACAGAGAUUCGGGAGGCACUACUGGUUAUAAGAGCAACUCACCAUCAUUACGACCAGGAAUACGACUGUCCCGAAGCGGAUCCUGUGUUUUGACCACCACCCAGGACAAUGGAUCCGAUCCCAGCCGGCUUCUGGUCAAUGUCAACUCCCGAAGCGGAUCCUGUGUUUUGCCCACCACCCAGGACAAUGGAUCCGAUCCCAGCCGGCUUCUGGUCAAUGUCAACUCCCGAAGUGGAUCCUGUGUUUUGCCCACCACCCAGGACAAUGGAUCCGAUCCCAGCCGGCUUCUGGUCAACGUCAACUCCCGAAGCGGAUCCUGUGUUUUGCCCACCACCCAGGACAAUGGAUCCGAUCCCAGCUGGCUUCUGGUCAACGUCAACUCCCGAAGCGGAUCCUGUGUUUUGCCCACCACCCAGGACAAUGGAUCCGAUCCCAGCUGGCUUCUGGUCAACGUCAACUCCCGAAGCGGAUCCUGUGUUUUGCCCACCACCCAGGACAAUGGAUCCGAUCCCAGCCGGCUUCUGGUCAACGUCAACUCCCGAAGCGGAUCCUGUGUUUUGCCCACCACCCAGGACAAUGGAUCCGAUCCCAGCUGGCUUCUGGUCAACGUCAACUCCCGAAGCGGAUCCUGUGUUUUGCCCACCACCCAGGACAAUGGAUCCGAUCCCAGCCGGCUUCUGGUCAACGUCAACUCCCGAAGCGGAUCCUGUGUUUUGCCCACCACUCAGGACAAUGGAUCGGAUUCCAGCUGGCCAACCAAAACAAUGUCACCGUAAAAGGGGCAGCUACAUUGAAGAAUCUCAAAUAAAAAAUAUGUUUUGAUUUGUUUAACACUUCUUUCAAUUUUAUGGUUACUACAUGAUUCCAUGUGUUAUUUUAUAGUUGUGAUGUCUUCAAUAAUAUUCUGCAAUGUAGAAAAUAGUAACA